GGGGCAUAACGAUUGAGGACGACUCAGAUCAUAAUUGCAGGCACUGAUUGAUAAGAGAGCCAGAAAUUCUACACUAUACGUUGAAAGUGUUCGAUUUAUUAUCAGAUCUAGUGUUUCGUUUUAUUCAGCAGCACCGACGAUGGAUCCGUACGACAGCGAUUCGUCUGGUUUGGAGGAUGAGGGGGACUACACGGAGACUGGGGUCCUCCUGGGGUAUGCCUCAGAAGAGGUUCUGGAUGACUCUGUCAGCCACCUUGGAGGCUGGCCGACAUGGCUUGACGAUAAGACCCCGCCGCCAGGCAAAUUCGCCAACUGCAAAGUUUGCAACCAGCCCAUGAUUCUUCUUCUGGAGUUGAAUGGCGACCUCCCUGAGAACUUUCCAAAUGAUGAACGACGCUUAUAUAUUUUCGGGUGCCCCAGGAAGGCAUGCAACAAGAAGCCGGGUAGCAUUAGAGCCUUGCGUGCGACACGAAAGCUGAAAGCCGAUAGCACCCGGUCCAAAGCCAGCCAGCAAGACAAGAAGGCCGAAGGUGAAAGCCAGAGAAGCCAGGAAACUCAGCCAGCCCCUCCUAAGCAGGAUAUUGGCGCGAGUCUGUUCGGAGCUUCUCCAUUGACUGGAGGGUUGUCUUCAAAUGUGAACCCGUUUUCUUCUUCGACGUCAAGCGCAGCACCCACAAAUCCGUUUGCUGCGCCUUCCUCGACUGCAAAUACGCUUCCACCGACGCAGCUAUUCAAGCCAGAGUCUGUCCCGGCCACUCCAGCGACUUUGGCCGAGAGCUUUGCCGAUAAGGUCCGGGUCUCCUCGCCCCCUCCUACCACCAAGGCCCCGGAAACCGAUGGACCACAGCUUCCCUGGCCUGCGCAGUCGGAUUUCCCCAAACCAUACCCUCACUACUACCUGGACGCAGAGUAUGAAACUAUCUCUCGACCAUCUACCCCCACGAUACCGGAGAACGUCACUGUGGAAGCCAUGGAGGAAGACGACGGAAGCGCAGGCGCGAGUGCUGACUUGAAAGACACAUUUGAAUCUGAUCUCGACAAAGCAUUUAUUCGCUUCUCGACCCGUCUGUCUCACAACCCUGAGCAGGUCCUCCGGUAUGAGUUCCGCGGUUCCGCCCUCCUCUACUCUCGUACAGAUGAGGUCGGGAAGCGUCUACACGAUAACAAAGGCGCUGCUGGCCCCGGUGGAGCUCGUGUAACCACUACGUCCAGUUAUGCAAACCGGAUCCCUCGAUGCGAGCACUGCGGCCACGAACGAGUUUUCGAGCUGCAGCUCGUGCCGCAUGCCAUCAGCAUGCUCGAGGAAGGCCGCGAAGGUCUCGGACUAGGCGCGAAAGAGGACACGGGUAUGGAAUGGGGCACGAUCAUCCUGGGGGUCUGUGGGAAGAACUGCGGUCCUGAUCAACUCCACGCGGUGGGAUGGCGCGAGGAAUGGACCGGUGUGCAAUGGGAGGAGGCCAAAUAAUUUCGAGCCUCCUUCCUUCAAGUUCUACCUUCUGUGGUUUAGCAGAAAUGAGGACAUAGCAUUGGAAUGUAUAUAUCAUGAAACUGGCCUCCGUCCGUAAACCAGAUUCACUUGAAUAGAUAUCCUAUAGAUAACCCUUCUACUCUGCUCAAGUGGAAAAUGUAUAGCUACUU